AAGGCGAAAGAGGAAAAUCAUCGAUACGACCGGUCGAAGAUGCCCUGGGAUUUGCGUCCCGUUCAGAAUUACAUUGGACUGUGGGCGUUGACAUCUACUUCAGGAAGAUCCAGAGAUCUUCCCCCACCCGACCAAAUAGACUUCGCCAUCAAUCCUGUUCCAAAAUUCGGAGCUCGUGCUAUCAAUAUCACGCACACGUACUUCCAAAAUGGCCAGGUGAUUCGCCACGAUUAUGGCUACAUGCCAGUGAAAAAUGCUACGAGAAGGGAUCCUCGAGUGCACGUGGCUUACUUGACGACGUCUAGUGAAGGCUGGUCUAUGAUGGAACAGGGUCAAGUGAAAGGAGCACUGAUGACGUUCCAUCUGAAGCAAUUCCUGAGAAGGAGCUUCGACGUCGGCUUGCGAAAUGAUUUGGAAAUUCGAGAGUUUGAACGACAAUUUGAGAUGCCAUCGUAUAAUCAGAUGAUUAUGAAAGUUCGCGCGGAGACGAAUAUGGACACCGAAGGUUACACUGCCUACUACAAACGGUUACUUGGAUGA